AUGAGCACCGACGCCGGAAAAGAGCUGCUGGACUUGCUGAAGAACCCCUUCAGUUCUCAGCUCGCCAAGAACUCAGUCUGGGCUGCUCUGGGCACCUCACUCGGUGUCACUGUCGGUAUCGCCGUCACCUUCUCCUUUCUUCGACCGUACAAUCAGUCCGUUUAUGCGCCCAAGUUGAAGCAUGCCGACGAGAAACAUGCUCCGCCGCCCAUCGGCAAGAAGAUCUGGUCCUGGAUCCCGCCGCUAUGGAAUACGACCGAGGAUGAGCUGGUGCACCACGUCGGCAUGGACGCCACCGUCUUCCUCCGCUUCGUUCGCAUGUGCUUAUACAUCUUCGCGACCAUCUCUGUGUUUGGCCUCGGAAUUCUGAUUCCCACCUACCUCAGCACUGCAGAGAGCAGUUCGACCAAGGAUAGAUCCUGGAUCGACUUGAUUACUCCCAUUGCAGUAUGGGGCAAUGCGUACUGGGCACAAGUCGCAGUUGCGUAUAUCAUCACCUUUGUUGUUAUGGGCUUCUUGUGGUGGAACUACCGCAAGGUCUUGCGCCUCCGACGCAAGUAUUUCGAGAGCGAGGAGUACCAAAACAGUUUGCACGCCCGGACCCUCAUGAUGUACGAUAUUCCCAAAGCCAAAUGCUCCGACGAAGGCAUCGCGACCAUCAUCGACGAAGUUGUGCCGGCCUCAUCCUUCUCUCGCACCGCCAUCGCCCGUAACGUCAGGGAACUCCCCAAGCUGAUCGAGCAACAUGACCAUACCGUUCGCAAGUUGGAGGUGGUACUGGCAAAGUAUAUGAAGAAACCCGACCAACUCCCGGCUGCCAGACCGAUGUGCAAGCCCUCCAAGAAGGACCCGUCUUUCGCGACGUAUCCCAAGGGACAGAAGGUCGACGCUAUCGAAUACCUGACACAGCGCAUCAAGGAGCUCGAACUGUUGAUCAAGGAGGUUCGACAAAGUGUCGACAAGCGAAGCACCAUGCCCUAUGGCUUUGCCAGUUACGCAGAUAUUGCAGAGGCGCACAACAUUGCCUACGCCAGCCGCAAGAAGCACCCGCACGGCGCAACAAUCACCAUGGCCCCGCGCCCGAACGAUAUUCUGUGGGAUAACCUGGUCCUGACGCCCUCGAUUCGUCGCACAAAGCGUAUUGUGAACAACCUCUGGAUCGCGUUGCUUACCAUUGUCUGGAUCGCUCCCAACGCCAUGAUCGCCAUCUUCCUCAUCGACCUCAACAACCUCGGUAAGGUCUGGCCCGCUUUCCAGACGGAACUUCAAACCAAUCCCGAAUGGUGGUCCAUUGUCCAAGGUAUCGCAUCUCCUGGUUUGAUGUCGCUGGUCUACCUCGUUCUGCCCAUGAUCUUCCGUCGACUCUCGAUGAAAGCUGGAGAUCAGACCAAGACGGGUCGUGAGAGGCACGUUUUGGCCAAGUUGUACGCUUUCUUCGUGUUCAACAACUUGAUCGUGUUCUCGCUCUUCAGCACCGUUUGGUCGCUUGUGUCGGCUAUUGUGAGCGAGACCAGCGAAAAGAGCGUCGACGCCUGGCAGGCCAUUAUCGAUCAAAACUUGGCAACCACCAUCUUCACGGCGCUUUGCUCAGUCAGUCCCUUCUGGGUCACUUGGCUCCUCCAGCGCAACCUUGGUGCUGCCAUCGAUCUCGCCCAGCUAUGGAAACUCAUAUACAGCUUCUUCGUGCGCAAAUUCUCGAGCCCGACGCCCAGAGAGCUCAUUGAGCUAACGGCACCUCCCACCUUUGAGUACGCCUCUUACUACAACUACUUCCUCUACUACGCCACAGUUGCACUGGGUUUCUCUGGCAUCCAGCCCUUGGUUCUUCCUGCCGCCGCGUUGUACUACGGAAUCGACUACUGGCUCAAGAAGUACCUCUUGCUCUACAUCUUCGUCACCAAGACUGAGUCCGGAGGCAUGUUCUGGCGCGUGCUCUUCAAUCGCAUGCUCUUUGCCGUCUUCCUAUCCAACUGCGUCUUCUUCCUCAGCUCGUGGGCGCGAGCCGACUGGGCCUACCACAGCCAGGCCUUUGCCAUUAUCCCUCUGCCCAUUUGCUUGAUCAUAUUCAAGGUCGUCUGCUCCCGAUUGUACGACGACAAGAUCCAUUACCUCUCGACCACCAACGUUGCCAAGCACCCGGAGGCUGGCGUUAUGAAGGAAACUCGCCUUCGCAGUGAGCGCCUGGCUUCGCGUUUCGGCCACCCGGCCUUGUACAAGCCUCUCAUCACUCCGAUGGUGCAUCAGAAGGCCCAGCCUUACUUGCAUGUCGUGUACAAGGGUCGCCUUUCGGACGGAAGAGAUGUCAACACUGGCGACAUGAUGAGUGUUUCUGGAUACUCGGACGUGUACGCGUUGGAUCCCAUGAAGUCUGGCAAGCCUGGCAAGUCGGCCGGUAUUCCCGGUUUCGAGUUCGUUUCCGAGUCCAACCUGGAUUUCGAAUUCUACAAGAACAGAGCGGAAUUCGCAGAGGAGCAUGGCCAAGGCGACAUCUUUGGAAGGGAUCCUGACAUCAUGCGCCCCGGCACCCCUGGAUCAAUGUCCGAUUUCGGCUCUCGCCCCGGAACGCCCACGAAUGCUGCUUUGCAGGGCGGCAUGACAGGUCAGCGCCGCGACAUGUCCGGUUCUAGGCCUACUCCGCCUGCCGGGUACAUGUCGCCAACUGGAAGCGGCCGUCAGUCCCCUACCAUGGGACCGCCCCAAGCUGGCUUCGCUCAGCAAGCGACCAUGGGCGAGCGGUCCCGUAGCCCCCUGUACACCAUCAACAGCAACGGCAGCGACACGGCGCUCGUGAGAAAUGCCGCAGGUAUGCCGAUGAGCGCACCCACGGGUGGACCGAGUGUUGGCGCCCUGGGCGGCGGACCGAGGGGGUAUAGUGGACUUCCUCAGGCUGACGCCGAGACGCCCGACCCAGACCCGACCCAAUACGACUACUUCCGUGGGUCAGCAAGGCGGCGCCAAAACGACCAAUGGUAG